UAGAUACGAACUGGGAGCACAUGUCUAUGCCAUUCAGACACUUCUGUGGAUACUUUUUGCUGACAAAGUACUGCUUGACGGUAUUCCCUAUCUAAGUCUGGGGCGUUUGCCUUUCCGAGUUCUUGAUAUUGAUCGUUCAUUGAUUUGUUGUUCUAAAUUGGUCGUUACCUCCAGAGUGGUAGCUCUGCUAGGGCAUGAAGCUUACCUCUAG